UCCUGCCAUUUCUGCCGCGCCAUCUCUCUCUCUUGCGCCUUCUCCGACUCGGACUCCGACGAGCAGAAGCCGGCGGCGAGGUCUCCGGCGAGGGCGAGAUGGGGUCGCUGAUGUCCUGCAUCUCCGGGCAGGCACCGUCGGCGUCGCCGCCGCCGGUGGCGAAGCGGCGGUCAUCCGUGUCGUCGCGCCGCGGCGGCGGCGGCGGAGGCGCCAAGGCGGUGGCCAUCGACGAGGAGGCGCUGGCGGCGGCGGCGGCGCUGGUGCUGGGGCAGAGGAGCUCGUUCGGCGGAGGCGGGGGUGGAGGCGGAGGCGCGUUCGAGCGGUCGGCGUCGGUGCGGUACGCGGCGAGGCGGCAGCAGCAGCAGCAGGGCCCGCCGCUGCCGAGGAGCUCCAGCACGCGCCCCCGCUCCCUCGCCGACCCGGAGCUCCACCCGCAGCAGCUUCUCGCCAAGGAUUUGAACACUAAAGAUCUUGAAACCAACAUCAUUGUUCUUGUUCAUGGAGGAGGUUUUGGUGCUUGGUGUUGGUACAAGACUAUAGCACUUCUUGAGGAUAGUGGGUUCAGAGUCAAUGCUAUUGACUUAACAGGUUCCGGGAUUCAUUCGUAUGAUACAAACAAGAUUAGCAGUCUCACGCAGUAUGCUGAGCCGCUUACAUCUUACCUUAAAAGCCUAGGUGACAACGAAAAGGUGAUUUUGGUUGGACAUGAUUUUGGCGGUGCUUGUAUAUCCUACGCAAUGGAGAUGUUUCCAUCAAAAGUUGCGAAGGCUGUUUUCCUUUGUGCAGCAAUGCUGAAAAAUGGGCAUAGUACUCUUGAUAUGUUUCAACAACAGAUGGAUACAAAUGGUACACUCCAAAGGGCGCAGGAAUUUGUAUAUUCCAAUGGCAAGGAGCAGCCUCCCACCGCUAUCAAUAUAGAGAAGUCUUUACUGAAACAUUUGUUGUUCAACCAAAGCCCCUCUAAGGAUGUAUCUUUGGCUUCAGUGUCCAUGAGACCUAUCCCCUUUGCUCCUGUGCUGGAGAAGCUGGUCCUAACAGAAGAGAAGUACGGAUCGGUGCGGCGAUUCUACGUCGAAACCACAGAAGACAAUGCCAUUCCACUUCAUCUUCAGCAAGGUAUGUGCGACAUGAACCCGCCCGAGAAGGUUCUUCGGUUGAAAGGCUCGGAUCAUGCCCCAUUCUUCUCCAAGCCACAAGCUCUGCACAAGACCCUUGUAGAGAUAGCAACCAUGCCACCAGUCAAGGCAUCAUGAGAGCUGGGGUUUCUCCCUUCAGGUUUCAAGGCUGGUGACUGGCUGAUUGCCAUUGUUGUGCAGUUGCUUCUUGUAUGUAAUAUGUUGAGAAUGGGGGUGUAAUGCUUGAGCCAAGAUGUUAUGGCUUGGAGGUCGUUUAUACAGGAUGUUUGUCACAGAGGCUCACUGCGUAGCAGCAGAGUAGGGGAGCUCUGAUUUUCUAUACAUGGUGAAUCACAUCCUCCCAGUGCAGACUGACCUGGAGAAAUUGCUAAGAUGAAAGAUGACGUCGAGAAAAUUGCUAGAUGAAAGCUGAUGAAGUUCCUUUCAUCCUUUGUUGUGUUGAUCUUUGUCAUCUGCUGUUACCAUCAACAAUUGAUGCAUGCAUAUACAAUAUAAGUAACUUUUCAAAUUA